CCAAUACCAAUAUUAACAUGCCCAAUAAACAGAAAAUUCAGAAAACUGUUUUGGCAGAAUAUGAUCACUAUACUGUUUGACAAGAUAAUCUUUUUUAUUUUUGAUAUUAGUUGGAGUAAGUUGAAGGUUUAAAAGUUCUAUAGAUGAAAUACUUUCUCCAUUCAUGUUUUUUUUAGUUGCAACCAUUAAUUCACAAAUUAACUUCAAUUCGAUCUCUUUAACAAAAUAAUCAUAUUUACGUAGUUGAGUAAGUCGAAGGUUUGAUAGUAUAAUAAUAAUAAUGAGGAACAAUAGUAAACAAGUAUGGAGUGUUGUUGUUCAUCUUGUUGCAUUGUUGAGUUUGGUAUCAUCAGCAAUCUCUAAUGGUAAUAAUGGGGCAACCACUUCGGAAUGGAAUUCAACCAUUGUCAAAUCUCUUCCUGGCUUUCCUGGAACUCUCCCUUUCAAGCUUGAAACUGGGUAUAUUGGAGUUUGGGAGGAGCAAGUGCAGCUGUUUUAUUACUUCAUAGAAUCAGAGCAAAACCCAGAAACAGAUCCACUUUUAAUUUGGUUUUCUGGAGGUCCUGGUUGCUCUUCCUUUACUGAUCUUAUAUUUGGGCAUAUAGGUCCUCUGUCCUUUAACUAUUCGGGACUUCACUACAACUACACAACAUCAAGUUUUGUGGUUGAUGAACCAAGUCUUGAAUCAAAUCCUUACUCUUGGACCAAGGUUGCAAACAUAAUCUUUAUAGAUUCACCUGUCGGCGCCGGGUUCUCCUAUGCAACUACUACAAUUAGCAAAUCUUUCCAACCUAGCGAUACAUUGACGUCAAAGCAAGCAUAUGACUUUUUAAAGAAGUGGUUUAUGGUGCAUCCUAAAUUUUCAAGGAAUCCUGUUUAUAUAGCUGGUAUUUCGUAUGCUGGAAAAGUUACCCCAUCUCUUACAUGGGAGAUUGUAAAUGGAAAUGAAGCAGGAUCCGAGGCAAGAAUUAAUCUUCAGGGGUAUAUUCUUGGAAAUCCGAUCACUGAUUGGGACCUUGAUGAACAAAAACAUGUUGAUUAUGCUCGUCGGAUAUCUCUACUUUCCGACGAGCUUUAUGAGGCAAUUAAAGUAAGUUGCAACGGCGAUUAUCGGACAAACAUUGUUCAUGCGAAUGCACAAUGCUCGGAGAAUCUUGAAGCUGUAAUGAAUUUCUUUAAUCCAAUACUAGAUGACUAUGUCCUGGAUCCCAAAUGCAUCAAGUCAUCACCAGAUAAGUGGUGUCGGGAACACGAUCAUAGUGAUAUCUCUCAUACGUGGGCAAAUAACGUCCAGGUCCAAUCAGCUCUUCAUGUUCGAGAAGGAACGAUAAAUCAAUGGUUUCGGUGUCGCGGUCGUAGUAAAGGUGAUGUGUACAAGUACAACAAAGAUAUCUACAGUAGCAUCCCUUAUCAUCAAAAUCUGACUACCCGUCCUCUUAGGGCACUAAUCUUCAGUGGUGACCAAGAUAUGUCAGUUCCAUAUUUGAUCACAUUGAAAUGGAUCAACAAGAAGCUAAAUCUUGUCCCAAUUGUAGAUUGGAGGCCCUGGUUUGUAAACAAACAAGUCGCAGGAUAUGUUACAGAUUAUUCAAAUGGUAGCUACAAUUUGACAUUUACUACAAUCAAGGGAGCCGGACAUGUUUCCCCUGAAUUUAAGCCUCGAGAAAGUUUUGCAAUGUUUCAAAGAUGGAUCGCAUUUAGGCCUCUAUCAUGAAGAUGAUCAACAUUAUUGUUUAUUAAAUUCGUGCUUUGGAUUGAUGAGAUUGCGUUAUUGGUUUAUUGUCCAAUGUCUAAUACUUUCUCCGUUUAGAAAUAAUUUACCUUUGACUUUCACGUUUUUCAAUGCAUAACAUUUACUAUUAACA